AUGGAACAGUUAAAUAAUAUCACUAUUUGGGAUGUUAAAGAUGCAUUCAAUAAAGUGAAAAAUGUUGUAAUGAAUUAUACAGAAAUGGAAGCUAAAGUACGUGAAGCAACUAAUAAUGAACCUUGGGGUGCUAGUAGUACUUUAAUGUUAGAAAUUGCUCAAGCUACAUAUAAUUAUCAAUGCUUCAACGAAAUAAUGACAACAAUUUACAAAAGAUUUAUAGAAAAAGAAGCAAGAUAUUGGAGACAAAUUUAUAAAGCACUUCAAUUGUUGGAAUAUUUGGUGAAGCACGGUUCUGAAAGAGUUGUGGAUGAUGCACGUGCACAUAUAGCUUCUAUAAAAGUAAUGAAAAGUUUUUCUUAUUUUGAUGAAAAAGGAAAAGAUCAAGGCUUAAGUGGUAAUUAUAAAGAUGGGGAGGGGUGCCAGUUGAAAUGGAUGACGGAGGUACGAAAUAGAGCAAAAGAACUUUCAGAAUUGUUGAAUGAUGUAGAAAAAAUUAGAGCAGAACGUAAAAAGGCUAGGGCUAAUAGAGCAAAAUAUACAGGUGUUAGCUCAGGAUCUGUUAGUUAUGGUGAUUCUUUCAGCAGAGGUGGAGGAUUUGGUACUAAUGGUUAUUACGGCGGGGGUGGUACAAGUAAUGGCAUUGGAAGGUCUAGUGCUGAUUCCAAUAAUAGGAAUAGUUUAGGAUCUUCUAAAGCCAAUUUGUUUGAUUUUGAAGAUUCAUUACCCAAUAUUAAUAACGACUACGACAAUGAUGACAAUAAACAUAUUAAAACAAAUUCAACCGAUUUUGAUUUUCAAAGUGCAACAUCAACGUUUGUGCAAUCCUCCUCUUCAAAUUUAGCUGGUAUUCAAACCAACUCUAACACUAAAAACACAACAAGUAAUAAUAAUAAAUCAAUGUCAACAUUAAAAUCCGAUGAUAUUUGGGCAGCAGCUUCAACUGAAAUUUUAUCAUUGCCAGUUAAAGGUACAUGGACGACUAAUAAUCACCUUAAUAAUAACUUUAAUAAUUAUAAACAACAACAACAACAACAACAAUCUCAAGACCCGUUUGAUUUAUUAUUUUAA